UUCAUCGUCAUGAUCCGACAAAGUUAUCCGUUCGUUUUCUUCGCUGUAUUAUUUGCUAUUGUCUGGGCGUUACCUCAGCAACCUAGGACUUCUAGGAGACCGGUACCGGAGUAUAAGAAUAAAACAGGUGGUUUGGAGCUCCCUGACAACGCGACACUGAUCAGAGAGAAUAUCGUAGACAACUUCUCCUGCAAGGAGAGAAUUUAUGGAUACUACGCCGACAUGGAGAACGAUUGUCAAAUAUUCCACGUUUGCAUGCCGCAGACUAGGGGUGCAACACGAUGGAGCUUCAUUUGCCCUGCAGAAACGGUGUUUAAUCAAGCCACCUUUGUCUGCACGAAAACGGACAAUUCGAUACCGUGUGAGGAGUCUGAGAAAUUUUACAGCUUGAACGAGGCGAUUGGCAAAGAAGUGGAGGAGGAAGAGAGCGACAUGGAGCACAACACGAAAGAAUCGGACGUGGAGCCAAUUUCGAGCAAACCACCUGUCAGGACGUCGAGGAUUCUGAACCGGAACAAGUCGUCGCGAAAUCAGUGA